UAAAGAGCCUGGCACUGAUGAUACACAGAUGUGGGAAUGACUGAGGGAGUGUAUGGAUGCUAACUGGAAUCUGGAGAACACAUUUCAACUGUUUCAGGAAAAGAUAAGAAUAGAGAAGGGGUUAAACAGAAGAAAAGAAGACUGCUGAAAAAGGACUCGAUGGAUCUAGGACAGUAUAUAAUUCUCUGCAUUUGUGCUGUAAAUGCAGUUGUCUGGGGAUGUCCACGGCAAUGCCGGUGCAACGACACGCAGAUUUCAUGCAGUGGAUAUGAAAUUAAAGAUUUUCCUUCCCCCAUUCCCUUAAAAACAAUCUCUCUAGGAAUUGCCCAUACUAACAUCACCUCACUGAAACCAGCUAAUUUUGAAGCAUUCUCUGAGACUCUUAGAGUGUUGACAGUAAUAGAUUCAAGGGUAAGGGAGGUGCAACCUCACACCUUUGACAAGACUCACCAUCUAAUCAGCUUAACGCUUUCAAUAACUGAGCUAUCUUCUCUACCAGAGGACCUGUUUCAGAAAUUGCAGUCACUCGAGAAGCUGAUUCUGAGAGACAACAAACUAAAUACACUCCCUUCAUCCCUGCUUGCUCCUCUUAAAGCCCUGAAAUUAUUAGACCUGAGGAAAAACACGCUGACGUCUAUUCCAGAGGAGGCGUUUCAGGGUCUGACUCACCUGGAGAACCUUGUGUUGGAGGAAAACAACAUCAGGAAACUGCACCCAGGAACCUUCUUUGGACUUCACAAGCUCAAGACCUUGUCCCUUAAACAGAACAAGCUGGAGGUGAUCCCAAGCAAUGUCUUUGAGGACCUGGUGAACCUUGAGUCCUUGCAUCUGCAGAACAACGUCAUCGCACACUUACCUGCAGAACUUUUCACACAUCAACAGAAGCUGCAAAAGCUCUACCUCUCUAACAAUUGGCUAUCUUCCCUUCCUAAAGGUAUCUUCUUGAACAUGCCCAAUCUACAGCAUCUCUCACUUUACAAUAACCAGCUGCAGACACUGUCUCCCAACAUCUUCGGCCCUAUGCCAAGGCUCGAGGAGCUGUGGCUGUAUGACAAUAAGUUAACUCGUCUUGAUGAAAACGUGUUCAGCAAUUUAACUCAUAUAAAACUUCUAGUGCUUAGCAGGAACCAGAUAUCGUACAUCUCUCCUGGUGCAUUCAAUGGAUUGACUGAGCUGAAAGAAAUUUCUUUACAGACCAACCACCUGCAGAACCUCGAUGAAGGAGUGUUCAGGGGUCUUCCUAAUUUGGUUAACAUAUCGCUGAGAUACAACCAGAUUCAGCAACUUCCUGGGAAGCUUCUCAGUGGUCUCUCUUACUUAAAGCAGCUGGAGCUUCAAAAUAAUUCUCUACUCUGUUUAUCAGAGGAGCUUUUACACUCACUAACCAAUGCUACCAAAGUAGUACUAUCUGAAAAUCCCUGGAGGUGCGACCAUAACAUUGUACCACUUCGAGACUGGCUGUUGAAGUACCAAGAUAAAGUAAAUAAUAGCAAAUCCCUCAAGUGCUUUAGUCCCUCCUGGUUGAAGAACAACAGUAUUAUAAACCUUGAAGAUGCCCACUUUCAAACAUCUACUAGAUCUGCUACUUCCAGUGAACCAGUUACUUCUACGGAUAAAACGAAAAUUCCUCCCACUCCUCUACCUAAUAGUAGCACAACCGUACCUGCAGCUAACACCACAUCACUCUCCGAGAACAAAGACCACACCAAUGAUCGAUGGAACACACACAUGAUCAUUAUUGCUGUGGUUUUAGCUGCAGUUAUUAUGACUAUCAGCAUCUGUGUUGUCUGCUGGAGGAGGAGCAAACGACGCGGCAGUCAAAAUAUAGACCACUGACCUUUUGAAGAUUUAACCUUUAAAUGGGGGAAUUUCAGUGAACAUUUUGUCAAAAUUUAAUCAACUUUAUUACAACAUCCAGGCCUUGAUUCACUAAGAUCCCAAAUAACGAGCAUCAAUCUACGUGUACAAUGGGAUAAAAGAGUAUUCUUGUUUUCUACAAUUAAAAUGGCACAUGUGAAUAUGGAAUGAUUGACAGUUGACAGCAUUGGUGUUUUGAUAUUACUCUCCGAUAUUACAUGACCAUCUGGAAGCCCUGCCGCCUUUUCCCUCGCUUCACAUUAGUAAUCUUUCUUCUCGUCUCAAUUUUCUUGCUUGAAAGAUGCUGCAUUCUUGCUUUCUGUCAAGGUAGAGGGAGAAAAUCAUGAGUUUUGAGUUCAUUAAUGUAAAAUAAAAUCUUUUAAUAGACAAGUAUAUAGAUCAGUUAACUAUAUUUAUUAGGGAUGCCACCAAAAUAACCAAAAAUGGUCAAAAACUAACAAAAAGAGAAUAAAUGCGCCAAAAACGAAUGACGUAAAACACCUUACAAAUAAUUUUAAUGAAAGUGAUAAUUACAAAAUGACUAAAAACCAGCUUGUCAUGGUAGAAACUAGAGAGUGUGUAUAUAUGUAUGGGGUUUUACAGUAACCUACUACCUGUAAUAUAAUCUAAAAACUAUUUGCAACAUUCUUUUUGUGUUUUUUCUAUCAGUAGUGGUUGUAAAUUAUUUUUUGAAAGUCAUCACAAAUGGACUGGGAAAAGGAUUCCCAUAUCUUACAAAACCAAGCAAUACACCAUUAUACAUAUUACACCAUUAUGUAAUUUUAUUAUAAAAAGAUUCUUUUAAUGAGCAGCCGAAAUUUCCAGCUUCCUUAAAUGACUUUUACUGUCUCGAUUUCAAUAUUUUAGUUUUUGCUCAAAAAACAAUAAACCUAAUUAAAAUAAAUUGAUUGGAGUGUUUGGAUGAAUGUAGGUAAUGGAUUAUGUUGUGUACUUCCUGUUUGCUUUGUGUUAUUUGUAAAAAGGAACGCAAAGCAAACUUUGUUGGUAACACAUCAGUGUAUUGUGAGAGUGUAUAUACUGUAUAGGCACUGUAUAACUAGCGUAUACAGCAGUUAUUUGGCAACGUUAAUCAACGCGUCAAUGCUAAUUAAGUGUUAUAAUGUCAUGUUCCUAUUUAUAUACGUUUGUAGUUUGGAACUCUUUUUGACACACAACCAAGAGAUGUCAUUUAUGAGUACCGCAUUACUAUUUGAUUGUAUGUGAUUAUGUAAUUUUUUAUUUCUGUUCAGUUCAUUUAUAUAUUUAUUUUCACUAAUUCUGGGAGGAGUUUUUCUCUCAAUGAGUUUUUAUCCUGGUUAAAUAAAGGUUACAUACAUACAUACAUACAUACAUACAUAUAUACUUUCCUGCCAAAAGUCGAUAAUAAAAAUAAACAAAAAUAAAACAAAAAAUGAUUUCAUCUCUUGUGCAGAUUUAUUUUGCUGUCCAUUCUCAUCUAUCUUCACUCCCCGGAUCCUACAAUCUUUUGCGCUCGACUGCAGUUCACUUUCCCUGACCAAUGACAAGGCAUGUAAGUAGGAACAACUUCACUGGACAAAGUCUGAAAUGAAUUCUGAUUGGUUUAGUGUUUUCGGUAGUGUUGCUCCUGAACGCAAGGAAAAACGUGCCCUUUAGGAUGUCUCUAUAGUGUGUUAUUACCGGGAGCCUAGGAGCUGUGAGCCAGAGAAAGAUGGAGCUGGUCAAGUUGAUACAAAUACAACACAACACAACGCAACACAACACACUUGCCUUGAACUUGAACUUGAACCUGAACCUGAAGGAGCUGUGGAAGUGGCGCCACCUCAACAGGUGAAAUAAAGAACAGGAGAAUAAAAGAAGCACAAAGCUUGGUCACACACACACACACACACACACACACAUACCCAGAGGAACAGUGACACUCAGUGACACUUCCAGGGCCCAGGUCCUCUCUAUUUUUUCUCCUCUGUUUUCAUGUC